GUCACCCCUCACGUUACCUCCGAGAGGUAAACAAACAUCCGUCGUCGCUCGCGCAGUACCAAAUAGUGCAACGUAAGGUAGACACGGUAUCUCUCAUAUUGAACCUAAUUUCAUUAUUCCGCCCGUUGACAGUGCUUUAAUAAAUUGGGGAUGGAGGACAACAGAACAUAUCUGCCACCUGAAUGGAACAAUGAUGAAAGGAUGAGAGUGCUCUUGGGCCCCAUGCCCAAGGCACAGGAUACUGUUGCGCGAAAUGCUCGUCUCACAUUUUGGAGUGCUGCUAUACAUCUGUGGUGCAAGAGGACAAACAAGCUUAUCUUUACACUUCAGGAAACACUUGCAGCCUUUAGACGUGGUACUCAGCUUCCACUUAGUAUACCAGAGGUUCUUGUACAUAUGAACAGCACAGCUGAAGUUUUACCAAUAGGUGAACUUCCAUUAGGAGAGCAACCACAAGAAUCUUGGUUGAGGUGGGGCCAACGGGUCUUUUUAGCAACACCAUCACGUUUCGCUUGGAAUAAGUUCAAAAAGAUUAUUGGAGUCAGUGAUAUUGAAGGAACUACUUUUGUCAAUACAGUGAUGUUGCAGGAAAUGUGUGAUCAAGUGACGAAGAGAUAUUGGGAAUCUGCAACUAAAAAUUAUCCGGUGAAUCUACCAGUUGCUUUACCUCACCUGUACCAUAGAAUUAAUGAAUGUAUUGGAACUGCAGACAACCUCCACCUAGUAGUGGAAACACUUGCUUAUCAAGGACUAGCAGCAACUACUGUCCAUAAUGGAACAACCUAUGUGAAAUUUGUAAUGCCAGGAGAUACAAGUAAACCUGAAAUAACAUUGGCUGAUCUUGCUGAGAUUAACUUGCUUUGUGCAGUGGAACAAGUUCAAGAUAACAUAAACAGCAUUAAUGCAGAGAUUACUGAACUGCAGGUUAAUGCAAAAGCUUCUCUUAAAUCAGGCUCCAGGGUUCAAACAAAUCCUCCAUGCCUUCAAGACAGGCGUGGAAGCAAUUCGAGAUUCUUUUAAGGGUGAUUUAUCAGCUGAAGGUGUUGCUAAUACGAUGGAUGAACUACAAGAAGUGCUUGAGGAAUGUCAAGAUAUAAAUUCAGUGCUCGCCACUGGUGUUACGGAACAGGAUGUAGAUGAUACUGCGUUGCUGAAGGAGCUGGAUGAACUAAUGUCUACAGAUCAGAAGUCUUCAAAGCAACAUGAAGAACUGAUAAAUAGCAUGUCAAGUCUCACGCUUCCUGAUGUCCCCAAAAGGAACCCAUUGUCCUCCCUGAAUACGCAGCCAAGUUCACCAACUCUGAAAGCUACACCAUGAAGAAUGCUCGUGAAACAAAGUCACAGAAAUUGUCUUCCUUUUGUUCUGUUUGUAAAGCAUAUGAAUGUCAUAAAUAUAAUAUAACAAUGCA